AUGGCCAACCGAUACUCCUCACUGAAUCGGCGUCCAGGCGCGGCGGCAUCUGGCCUUUUCGCAGACUACCCAGGCUCGCGGCCGUCGUCGAGCUCAUCGCAAAAUCGCCCGUCAUACGCUUACUCAGACCCAAAUCGUUCCGCCUCACCUUACUACUCUCAGCAACAGCCGCCUCAAUCACAGCCCUACGCCUCUAGUCCGAACCAGUUCUCAUCCUCGCCCUUUCAGCCAGCACAGAACGAUAACUCGACGUCCGACUCGUCGAAGCGCAAGAACAAUGCAUAUACUUCCACUGCAGUGCUCGACCAUCUCGAAGCACAAAACGACAAUGAGACCAGUAUUCUUUCCUCGAAGGUGUCGCAGCUGAAACAAUUGACAAUAGCAAUUGGCGACGAGAUACGGGAGAGCAGUUCACUGGCUCAGACGAUCAACGAUUCCUUUGAGAACACCAGUGUUAGAUUAAAAGGAACGAUGAGGCGGAUGUUGAGGAUGGCUGAAAGAACAGGCGUAGGGUGGAAGGUGUGGUUGGGCUUUUUCGUGGCUGUCUGGUUGAUCUUCUUUUACGUGUGGUUGUUUUGA